AGAUAUACUUAGUUUAUAUGCAAUACAGUAAAACUGUAAAACUGCAGUUCUUGAAAGUAGUCUUAAGCAAUGUAUUGUCAAUGAGCUCAACAAACAUGUUUUAUAACCAAUGAACGAAUUUAUAUUUCUUCCGUAAUUACUAAUUCUCUUCCAUAAUUAUUCUUGCUCCCUCUAUUGACUUUCUUCUUCCUCUAUUCUGCCAUUAUUCUCUAUAGAUUUGAUCUAUAUAAUCUAUAGAAAUUUCAGAAUUUGGUCUCCUGUUGUUUAUUCCUGCACUUUAAAAAAAUAAAAAAAUUAAAAAAAAAAAUAAAAAAUUGGAAGUUAUUUAAAAGUUACUUAAAUCUGGAAGAUUUUUUUUUUUCCACUCACUGAUAACGGAUCUGCUUGUUUCGUAACUUGCCACAGUUCGAUCUCUGGGAACUAAGCAGUAAUUCCUCUUUCAGAGAACAGAAAGCUCAUGUAUGGAUAUAAGACAGUUUUGGUUUUGAGAAAAAGCUAACAACGAACUUCACCACCAAUUCACCACCUUGCUUUUGGAUAUACCUCCAGUGCUAGAAUCCAUAUCCUCAUAAAAUCUUUAUUACUCUGGUAAGCAAUUAGCCUUUUUAAUGCUGUUAUGUGCAGGGGUUAAAAUGGGUUGGUUUAUAUUGGAUUGGGUGAGGGAUACUACUUUCAUGGGUGCCAACAAUGUGGAAACGGUACCAUUGAAUUUAUUUAUUAUUACAUGUCGUCCUUUAUAAUAUGGAAGUCUGAUUAAGAUCAUAGAAACUAGUUUUUAAUUUAAAUAUCUGCAGUUGGGUGGACAGACCUUACAUUUUCAGUGAACCUUGUUGGUUAGUUUUUCAGCUAACAUGGUGCAAACCUUUUUGUUAAAUCACAUAAGCACCCUAUUCCUGUGAAAAGGUAAUAAUAAGCCCAGUCAUUUGUCACACAUUAUGAGUGCCAAAUGAAAUUAUUACAGCUGGAAAGUUAAAGAAAUUAGCUGCCAUUCAAGUAAAAUUUCAGCUUAUUAAAAAUAAAAUAAUAAUAAUAAUAUUAAUAAUAAUAAUAAAUCGCAACACAACUAGAAUUAAGACAAGACUCCAGUAAUAAACAUUUUUACUCCAACACAUGGUUUUCUGCUAAUAAUCUAUCAAUCGGUUGUUUAUAUUUUGUGUAAUUCUUUAUUAGCACCUAAGAUGGAAAGCAAUAGAUCAAAUGCACUGUGUAAAUGUUAUUUACACCUUUUUUACUUACAAGAUAUGUAAUUUACAUGUUUGAUAAAUAGCCAUAACAAUGUAGAAUAUGGAUAAUGUACAUGCCUUGAACUUUUGAGUUGUGUGAAAAAAAUGAUGUACAUAGCUAUAUUACAUACAUUAUUGCAACAUUCCUAUAACACACAUGAUGUGACAUGUUUUCUACUACAGUUUUGCCUUUAUGAUAAUAUACUUGCUACUGUGGCACAGUGAUCCUGUCGUAGCCAAAGGUUUGAUUAGAAAUGCUGGGAGAGGGCUUCAUACUCAUGUUAAACUACAGAGAGGAAGCUAUACAAUCUCCAGACAUUACAUGGACAUCAUACUCUCCUGCUGAUUGUGCUCUUGAGUCCUACACACUUGCACAGGUUAAAGGAUCAGAUGUCAGACCUGUGCAGAAACUGUCUAAGUCCAAAGCUCCUCACCACAGACCUGAUCUCUACAUCUCAAAUCAUGAUGAAAAGCCCUAUGUAAGCCUGAGUCUACCUGAGGAGUCUAAUACUAUCUUGGACAAUCUGUCCUUAGACCUGCAACUGAAUAGCAUCACGGAGAGCAAACAGGUUUAUCCUCACUCUCCAAAACCACAAGAAUGGCACAUCUCAGACCUGGUUAACUCUAUCCCCCAGCAGCUUCACUUCAUACCAGCAUCAGUCCCCCUCAAGCAGGAUGACAUCCCUGAUGAUGGCUACCUUGUCAUGGACAGCAGCAUUAUGCUCAAUGGGGAGCCACCAACUAACUCCAUGCUCAACGGUUACCUGGACAAGAAGCUCCAAGAAGUUUAUAGCCAGUAUUUGCAGGAGAGGCUGGCAUGUCCUGGAUCUUCUCCAGGUUGCAGCCUGCUCCCUUCCUUCCACCAGACCAGUCUUGGUCUAAACCUGGACUCAAGUCUGGAGCCAGAGACUAAACAAAGUCAGGGAGCCGUCAGUCAGCGGGCCAGCUCCAACUUCAGCUCCCCAGUACUGCGCAUUUCCAAUGCAGAAGAGCCCAUAAGGCCUAGGCACUCUGAAUAUCUAUGAGUGGGAGAGAAAAACUAGUAAGUUAGUAGCAUCUUCAGGCAGAAAAAAGUGUUGAAAUAUCAUCAUUUCAAUUUCUGUAUUCCCCAUUUCCAAAAUGUGGUGUUCCUUUAAACUGUGAUUUGUUGUUACACAGUGUUGCAAAAGUGAUAGGUCAGUUACCAUUUCUUUGUUAUUAGUUUAUCAUUAAUUUACUAUUUCACUGAGACAGGCCUCUAGUCAUUAAUAUUCACAAGCAGAUUGCCAAAUGUUCAUCAAUUUUCAUUAGUUGAUUGUUAAUAUUUUAUUGUUUUCUUUUAGACCACCUACUGUUCAUUAAUAUCCAUAUGUAGAGCCCCCAUGUUCAUUAAUAUUCAUUGGUUGCCAUGUAAACUCUGUAAUAUGGCUGCUGCAUUAUCCUUCUCAAUAUGACCCUGAUGCAGAAUAUGAGGUAGAAAAGGACCAACAUCAUCUUCUUCUUGUGAGAUGUUUAUCAACAGUAAUUGACUACUGUAAUAUGAUUCAUUAAAUCUAAAGGAAUUGUACAGGUGUAAUAGAUGUCUUAGAGAUGUGAUUAGUGGUCAGGUUUGGGGAGACAAUUGGGGUGACAGAGCUUAUUUCAAGGGUGGGUGCUGUCACCAACUGCCACCUAUGUGGCCACACCCCUGAUGGUAUGUUAAUAGAGAUAAACAGGCUAUCCAGGGAUAAAAAUAAUGACCUUACUUGCAGAAAUUGUGCUUGCAGAAAUUGUAGAUAUUUUGCCUUGACCGUGCUAUGCCACUGGUGACUUGAGUGAUAAAGUAUUGCUGUGCCAAAUUUUAACUGGAAGUUGGGAUAACUUUUAUAAAACAAAAAAAUAUUUGUAUGCCACAGUAAAUAUUUCUUUCCCUAUACACACAGAAUAAAGAAAUGUGGAUGGCUACUGAGGGAUAGCGCACUUCUUCUCCAUGUAUUUGCUACUACCAGUUUCUCACAGCGCAAACCUAAAGAAAGUUUCUUCUCAGGACUCACAGUGCGGCGAAAAGAGCAAUAUGGAAAAUGAGAUUUAGUCAAAUCAAUAUGUCAGAAGGCCUUGAGCCAACACAGUAGAAAAGAAAACUAGCAUACCUCCCUAAUGUGGAAGGCCAGCAGGACAAGGAGAUAGGAAAGAAUGCUCUCCAUCAUUAUUAAAAGAAAAUCAUAGCUUGCCUAACCAGCUUGACUAGCAGCAGCACUGUCUCAGCUUCAUAGUACAUUCAUAGAUAGCAUGUCCUGUGAAAUUUCUGAUCUUUCUGGAAUGUA